AUGAACAAAUUUCUUUUCAGUCAGGCAAUGAUCACCCGGAACCGUCCGCCGGACGCGCGUCAAAAAGUCGACCCGGGUGUCACGUGGACGGCCUCGCACACCUAUGACUUCGACACGGGCUCGACCGACUCUGGAAAGCCGCCCAGCUGGACUGGCAAGCCGACGCGCCCCACCUCCUACAGUUCUGUCUCCUCUGCCUCCUCCCGCGGCUCCUACCUAUCCGACUCCCUCCGUCUAGGAGCCCUGAUCGAAGAGGAACACCGUCCCCUACCCGUGGCAGUAGAACAAGUAAUCAACGAGCUGAUCGAAACCGAGUUUGCAUAUUUGAACUCGCUACAAGAAGUGAUCACCGGCUACCUGACGCCACUGCGCCUCGAAGUCACCAAAAACGCCCUUCCGCUAACAAUGGCCGAGAUCGACGUGAUCUUUCUCAAUCUCGAGGAAAUUGCCGCUUUUCACUUAAAAAUCUAUGAAAAGCUGUUUCGAAGUCACGAAAAUCUUGCCAGCAUCGCAAAUGUCUUUAUUCAAAAUUCCGAAGAGUUCAAAAUCUACACCUACUACUGUACAAACCUCCCGCAUUCGAACGGAAUGCUCGUCGACAUUCUAGAGCGCGAGCGCGUCAGAUCCGCUCUCGCCGAGCUGCAGAAAAAGCUCGGACACCCGCUGCCACUGUCGACUUAUUUGCUCAAACCCUUCCAGAGAGUCUGCAAAUAUCCCGACAUCUUGCAGAAGCUAUGUAAGAAGAUGUCCCCGAACGAGCCCUUGGUCGAACAAGCCCUCGCAUCGAUGUCGACCGUGGCUAGCCACAUCAACGAGGUCAAGCGGCAACACGAAGACCAACUUAAACUUCAAGAACUACAGUCUCAGUUGCUCAACUACUCUGGCCCAGAUCUUUCCUGCCUAGGCGAGCUGGUGAUAGACGCGCCUGUCUAUCAAGGUCGCCAGCAACGACAUGUCCUUCUCUUCCACAAAUUAUUUAUUCUCCUAAAGAAACAUCACGACAGAUUUGAAGUCAAAGUCCAGAUUCCAACUCAAAACUUGGUCGUCCAGGAUCGAAAAGAUGAAGAAUGUACUUUUUCCGUCAUGCCAUUUGAUGAUAUUAAAAGCAAGAUUAUUCUGACCGCGAUAACCCUGGAAGACAAGUCCUUCUUCUGCCACCAUUUGAAACGACUGAUGAUGGAGAAUCAUCCAGCUCCAGUACCAAACGAUGCAAAAGACAAAAUUCUCAACUGUGAUGCAAUGCGAAAUUCACGAAACAACCGACUCACGAGAAUGUCAUCAUUGCCAAUUUUGGAUCGGGAGCGAAAACGAAAAUCGAAAAAAGAUCGCAGCCGCGUCGCCCAAUCACCGGCUCGUCAAGUUAACUCGCUCCCUCGCCCGAGCCACAAUUUGACCAAUAUGAAGACCAUUCCUUGCGAGUCGCCUCGCGUCCCGAUCUUUGGCCUUCCCAAACGCUCCUCGAGUUUUCACAUCAAAUCGGCAUCAAUCAGCUGUGACUCGAGACAACUGGCGACUCCCGAAAAACAGAAUGACAAAAUAAAUGAUCGAAUAAAAGAUCGAAAAGACAAGUCUUUGGAUGAUCUUUCGAGAGCGAGGACGCCGAUUGCGCCAAGGCGCUUUUCAAGCCAGAUAAUCCGUUCAACAUCUGGUUCCAGCGUCGAUUGUUCUCCACUGAAUUCCAAGCCGCCAACAAUUCCGACGAUUCCAACUCCAGUCAUCUCUCCUUUCAGCCCUCCUCCCCCUCCAACUCCGAUUCUUUCUCCUUCAAUUCCAAUUUGCUCCCCCAUUUCUUCCCUCUCUCGCCUCUCAAGCGGCUCAACAAGCUCUCUCGAGGAAGUGAUAGAAGAAGAGGACUUGAGAAUCCUUUCCGAUGAUGAUUCCGCGCCGCUGACAGCAAGGAGGACUUCCGAAAAGACAGAAAAUGGGAAGAAAAUCAAGGAAUCCGAGUCGGCGAGAAGCAGUACUCAAUCAGCGCCGGGGAAUAUUCUGAGCGCCUCAGUACCAACAACGCCGAAACAAGUUCACUCGACGACAAAGACAGAUUUCGUGACAGUUUCAGUUCCGGCGACUCCGCGGUUGUCGUUUGAUUCAUCAAAUAGGAGACCAAGUCGCCAAGGAAGACCCGCAGCAGAAACCGACGGAAUCAUCAAAACCGGCAAAGUCGCUGCCCUUCUCCACCGAUUUUCCUCCACCAAUCGCGGCAAGAUCAACUCGGUUUACUACGACUCCAAUUCAGAAGAUGAAGAUCAAUCGGCAAGCUUUACUCUCGCCAGAAAGAACAGAAGGGCAGUAAAACGACAAGAGGAAGAAAAUCAAGAUGAAGAUCAUCUUUCGACGCUUUUUGAUGCGACGCUGGAAAUUUUGUCUCAUAUUGAAAAUGACGAUGACUUUUCGGAAAUUGAUGAGAAACUCUGA